UUCAGUGAUUUAUAGAAAGUGGAGAUACAUGUAUAUAAAGAAAGAGUAACACUGUCUCUAAAUGGUGUUUCAAGGUAUCCUAGUUUAAAGACUUGAAUAAAAAGAUCCAAUAAAAACAUUCUAAUAAAAGUUUUACAUUUGUAAAAAAACUGAUUUAUGCCCUGAGUUUUAAUAUAUAGCGCGAAGCAGUGCAAAGCUCUUAUCGCCAGGAUACUGUAUUGCGUUUAAUGGUGUAUGUAGCGCCACACAGAGUUGAAUCUAUAGGAAUAUUUCAAAUAGGGACUGUGAGUCCGUCAUUGUUCCCGGGAAGAUUCGUAUAACCUCUUUCUGCUUGCACAAUAUUUGCAAGAAAUAUGCGUGUUUGCUUAAUUUCUUGGUCAUUGUUGGUAAAUUGACAGUUUUUUUAAACGAAGUCAACAUUUCUUCGUGAUUCAUCAAAGGCUAUUUUGCAGAAAAGAAUUUGACACUUUGAAGCUUGACAAUUGCAUUUUAAUAACAAUUUCAAUUAAGACUACUUCUUGUACUUUGGAACAAACCUCGCAAUGAGAACAACUUUGACAGCAAUACUGUGAUUUAAACAAGUACAAUUAACAACAAAUUAACGUAUAUUCAAUUUCAAAAGAAUUCAGCUGAUCAAUACGUGCACUUCAAUUGUUGCAAGCAUCAGUAGAAAGUGUGAUUAUAGAAACAUUGUGCAUUAGUGGUACUCAGUUGACAGUACCAAAUGUCAAAGAAUAAAUUAAAUUUGACAUUACCUCCUGGCUCUAUAGAACCAGUACCAGCUGUUUCGCCUUCUCCACCAGUACCACCAUUGCCUAUAUAUUCUGAGCCACCAGUUAUACCAGACGGAGUUAUGGGUAAAAUGAGCAUAGAUGCGAUUCAAGAAAGGUUAGAGGAAUUAGAAAUGGAUGAAGAACAGAGAAAAAGACUGGAAAGUUUUUUAGGACAAAAAGAAAAGGUUGGAGAAUUGUGUGCUGAUGAUUUUGAAAAACUUGGUGAACUUGGUGCUGGUAAUGGCGGUGUUGUAAUGAAAGUGAGACAUAAAAAAUAUGGUCUUAUAAUGGCUAGAAAGUUAAUACACUUAGAAGUUAAACCUGCUAUAAAGAAACAAAUAAUUAGGGAACUAAAAGUUCUUCAUGAAUGUAACUUUGCCCAUAUAGUUGGCUUCUAUGGUGCUUUCUACAGUGAUGGAGAAAUUAGUAUAUGUAUGGAAUACAUGGAUGGUGGAUCACUUGACUUAAUAUUAAAGAAGGCUGGGCGAAUUCCAGAACCUAUAUUAAGUACAAUUACUUCUGCAGUGUUGAAAGGUUUAAGCUAUUUACGGGACAAACAUGCAAUUAUGCAUAGAGAUGUAAAACCGAGUAACAUUUUGGUAAAUAGUGCUGGAGAGAUUAAAAUUUGUGAUUUUGGUGUGUCUGGUCAACUAAUAGACUCUAUGGCUAACUCAUUUGUUGGAACAAGAAGUUACAUGUCGCCAGAGAGACUUCAGGGUACACAUUACUCUGUACAGAGUGAUAUUUGGUCAUUAGGACUAUCGCUUGUAGAGAUGGCCAUUGGAAUGUAUCCAAUUCCACCACCAGAUGAGAAAACAUUAGCUGCAAUAUUUAGCACUCCACCAGGACAACCACCUGCAGACAGUGCCACUACAAAUAAUGCUUCUACUCCGACACAAUCACCUGGACACAAUACAGGUAGCCCACGACCAAUGGCUAUAUUUGAACUGUUGGACUACAUUGUUAAUGAACCACCACCAAAACUGCCAGCUGGAAUUUUCAGUGAUGCUUUUACAGAUUUUGUUGAUCGUUGUCUCAAGAAAAACCCUGCUGAAAGAGCAGAUUUAAAGACACUGAUGAACCACGAAUGGAUAAAAAAAGCUGAAUCUGAGAAUGUGGAUAUUGCCGGAUGGGUAUGUCGCACAAUGGAUUUACAACCGACUACACCAACUCGUUUAGCGAACGUACAAUCCUGAAUAAAUGUUACUCUUACAUACUUGACUACCUAUAUACGCGUUCAGUACUCUUAAAUAAAUUUCAGUUUCUUUUCGUUUAAUUGGUGUAGGCAGUGGCGUUUAUGAAUCUUUUUUUUAUGAUAAUAAUUCCUGAAACGUAAGUGGUUCGCGAUUUUGAAAAUAGACUAGUAUUAUAUUCUAUAUAGUUCACUAAUGUAUACCCAGAAUAUAUUUUAUACAUCGUUGCUCAAUCAUGGACUAGUGUUUGAGUCAAAGCAUUUACCGAGUAGAACUUUUUUAAGUAUGUUAAGGUAUAUUUUAUUACGGUGUACCGCACAUUUAUUCUCUCUUUAAUGACGGAAAUUAAUAAUUUAUAGAUUAUAGUUUUAAUUGCAUUCAAAUAUUGCGUUAUUUUAAUUUUAGGAUUCAAAUUGUAGGGCAUUAGAUUAUUUUCAUCUAUGCACUACAGUCUGAUUUCAAAGUCGCGAUAUACAAAUCUAUAGAAAUGAACAAUGUAUGUAUGUUCAAGAUGUAAUUAAUUUUACUGUAUAUACUAUAUUACGAAAUAUGAAAAGAUGUUUUUAAACAUAUUUGCAUAAAAUACGUCACUGUACUUGAAUUUUAUUCAUUUUUAGACGUGUUUUUUUUUACUAUUAUCUUAUGUUUCUGUUACAAGUAUGUAAGAUGAACAAUUAUCGUUAUAAGUUUAACGUUAUUGUACACUCAUGGGCAAAUUGUGUUCCCUAUGAUGAUACUAGGAUACAUAAAUGGGCAUCGAAUUUAUGAAAACAUUGAUUCGAACAAAAGAAGUGUUAACUAGAGAUCAAGUUACUAGUAUAACGUUUGUACCUGACAUUCGUAGAGCAUUAUUUACACGAUUAAAUGAAAAAGACUUUUGUUCCAUUAUUGCUAGAAUGCCAUGCUAUUUUUUACAAGCAAUUAAUCCACGAUUUGAUGCGAUUUGAAACUGUAGUUGAAUAAAACAGUAUUUCGUGUAGUGAAUAGGAAAAUAUUGGACAUAUGUGUAUUUCAUGUAAUUGCAAUAAUUACUGUCUACGAUAUUAUUGUAUGAAACUUUACCAUAAAAAUGGUGUUUAUUCAUAAUAAUAUUUUUAACAGUGAAUUAUUGUAUCCUAUGCAAUUUAAGAAUGACCCUGAAGUACUUUUUUAUUUAGCAUCAGUUAAUAUGAAACCACCAUGUCCUGGAUAAAGAUAUUUUAACCCCUUCAACCCGACGUUCGUAAAGAGUUUAGAUUCAUAAAUUUUCAAAUUUAAUAUCUAUUUAUGGUACAUAUUAAAAUACAAAUAUUAUAGUUUGACAUUUGACGUGAUAAUCCUUCUUGUACUAUGUAUCUGUUUUUUAUCUCAUUUAUAAAAUAUUGUAUUUGAUUGACACAGGAAGAUUUUUAACUCACGUAAAUCAAAUACAUUUUUCGUAAUAUAUUUCCUUCAUCAAAUUUUCGUAAUUAUUAUAAGAAUUGUGUUUGUUUGAAGUAAAGACAUUAAUUGUAUAUACACGCCCAAUAUAUACCUGUUUAAAUUUACCAUUUGAUUUCAAUAAUCAGUUUAAUCAUAAUUCUAUAUUGAAAUGUUUAAUAUCAAAUUUUACAUUUAUCACAUGGAAGGAGAUAUGUAAAUACCAGAGGAUCGAAGGGGUUAAAACAAUUUCUAACAGAAGAUAUUUUUCCUAAGUGUUUAAUCUCUUUUUAAUGUGUAUUCGAGUAGUGUAAUAUCUUUCCAAAUAUGCGUUAAAUUGUCAUAUUGUAUCAUGGUCCAAGACAUUACACUUCAGGGGUGCAAUGGAUAACAUAAUUUUGAUGCGUGUCCAUGUGUUCACACAAUAUAAGUAUAUAUACAAUUGUACCUAUUGUAUAGCUGUGCAUAGAGUCUUUCUUGUGUAAUUUUUGUGAAUUAUAUUUGGAAAACCAGCCACUUAUAUGGCUGUAUUUGUAUUUAUAUGUACUUCAGUAAUUAAGUGUAAUUAGGAGAUGUUAAUCAUUUUUCUUAUAACACAUGAAUAAGAAAAAUAGUUCAAUGAGAUUUUAAUUUCAUUAAUUUUUGUUAAAUACACAUUUAAUCGAAACAUUAGAAAAUAUAGAUAUUGUUAAUUUUGUUGGUGCAGUCUAGCAAACAUUUGUUUUAUCAUUUUUUAAUUGGACACUACUUUGUAUCGAUAGUGAAAUGUUUAAUAUUGUACAAUUUAGCAGGUAUAUAGAUGCUUAUCAUUGGAAUGUAUGGACAAAGAAUAUCUAUAUGUAUAUAGAAUACCGAUAAUGUAAAACAUUCGGAUUAUGUUAUAUGCAAAAGUUAUAGAUUCCAUUAUCCCCUUACAUUAAAAGCGCCGUAAUAAAAUUAUUAAUUAAUAAUUACAGGUAAAAUUCCUUAUACAAGUGCGACGUUAUAUUACAUCUGACUCCCAGUUCUACGUACUCAUGUUUGCUUAGACAUUUUUUCUUUUGUAGAACACAGAUGUAGUUGUUUAGCCUUUUCCGAUUUGGCUUAAAAAAAUAUCGGAGAGUACUACGAGCAUAUUGUGAUGUUUGCAAGCACAGUGAGAGUUUGCUCACUAAUGUGCCUCAGCGUAAGACGCCCAAGAACUGAUUUUUCGUAUUAUGUUUAUACAUCUAAUGGACGAUAUGCGUAACGCUAUUUACUACAGACACGACUUUCACGACAUAUAUAUAUUAUAAACAAGAAUCAUUUUUAAUACCAGAAUUCUGUUAGAAACAAAAACGAAUGUAAAAUAACACAGUUGAAAAAAAGCCCAAUUCACGAACCAGUGAAUUUUAACUGUCAAAAGACCGAUUACUUCUGGCACUUAUUAUAAAUAUAUGGAUAUAUUCCUUGUUGCAAAUUUGUGCAUAAUAAUUGCCGUUGUAUCGAUUUACUGUCUAAAUGUUGUAAUUAUGCAAAGAAUAAAUU